AUGUCUACUGAUUUUAAUGUCGUUGGUACUCUUUUCUCUCAGACUCCAACCAAGCAAAAGUGGAAGAAUACAAAAUAUUGUCUGAAUCAGAGGGCAUCCUGCUUCGAUAUUAGUCCUGAUGGUUCUUCGUUUUUGAUCGGUGAAGUUAACGGUCAACUCGUAACCUUAUGUAUUUCGUGUGUCAUUUCUUUGAUGUUUACUAGUUAUGAUAUACUACUUGACUUGUCCGUUAUUUGA